AUGUCGGCGUCCGACAUCGACACAGAGAAGCAAUCUAUCCACCAGGUCGAAGAAGUCGCUCUUCACGGCCACGUCGCAACCGACAAACAUGGCCACGCCUUAAUUCACAUCGACCCGGCAGCAGAGGCUCGCCUGCGCCGGAAAAUGGACAUUCGGAUUCUCCCAGUCGUCGCGUUGAUGUAUCUCUUCUGCUUCAUUGACCGAGCCAACAUCGGCAAUGCUCGUGUCGCGGGUCUCGAGAAGGACUUGCACUUGAAGGGCUACGACUACAACAUCCUCCUCACCGCCUUCUACACCGCAUACGUCGCCUUUGAGUUCCCCUGCCAGAUGAUCAACAAAGCCGUCGGUCCCGGCAAGACGCUCCCCAUCUUCAGUUUCCUCUUCGGCCUCUUCUCGAUGGCCAUGGCGUUCGUCCACACCUUCGGAGCGGCGAUCGCCGUCCGCUUCCUCCUGGGUAUUGCUGAGGGAGCUGUGUUCCCCGGCAUCGCCUUCUACCUCUCCCGCUUCUACCGCAAGGACGAACUCGGCUUCCGCCUCUCGUGCUACAUCGUCUGCGCUCCCGCUGCUGGCGCCGUCGGCGGUCUCUUGGCCAGUGGUAUCCUCAAGAUCACUCUAUUGGCUGGCUUCAGCGAUGGCGGUCAGUCCCGCAUCCUUGUCGCCCAAAUUGUCGAAGUCGCCGCGCAUCCUUGUCGACCCAUGAUCUUCCUCAUUGAGGGAAUCAUCUCGAUGGGCAUCGCUAUAAUCUCCUGGUUCGUGCUGGCGGACCGCCCGGAAGUGUGUGGGUGGCUCACGGCGGAGGAGAAGGCCCUCGCCGAGGCUCGAAUCAAGAUUGACAACGUCGGUUCGACUGUCGUCGUCGACAAAAUCCACUGGAAGGCUGUUUGGGCAGGAAUUCUCAACCCGGUGACGAUUGCCUCGUCUAUUAUCUUCUUGUUCGACAACACUGUGGUUCAGGGAGUGGGCUUCUAUCUACCCACGAUCAUUAAGUCCAUCUACCCGACGUCGUCGACCAUCCGCGUCCAGCUCCUCAGCGUCCCACCCUACGUCCUCGGCAGUCUUACAACGCUCGCAACUGGCUACUUCUCGUGGAAGACGCGCAACCGCACGCUCUACAUGAUGAUGUCGGCGCCGUUUGUCAUGCUUGGCUUUGCGAUGUACAUCGGAUCCAUGAACGCCCACGUCCGCUACGCCGCCGCCUUCAUGGUCGCCAUCGGCGCUUUCUCCUUCGGCUCGCUCUGCACUGCGUUCUCGGCCGCCAACGUCACGAGCGACACGGCGAGGGCCGCCGCUCUCGGAACGACUGUCUUCAUGGGCAACGUCGGCGGAUUGAUCUCGACUUGGACCUUCCUCCCGCGCCACGCCCCGCGCUACCUGCCCGGCAACGCCUUCAACCUGGCCGGUUCGAGCAUCAUGCUCAUCCUCUCGAUCGCCAUCUGGCUCUGGAUGCGGAAGGAGAACCGCGCCAAGGAGAAUGGCCGGGACGACCACUACAUCGAGGGCAAGACGGACCAGGAGAUUGCCGACCUCAACCAGAAGCACCCUGCUUUCCGUUUUGCGUACUAA